UUUUUAAUUUGUAAAAAAAUUAAAAAAAGCAUGUAAUAGUUUAUUAACUAAGAAAGAUUAAUAACCAACUACUACUCAAUUAAAAAAAUAAUUCUUCUUUCUAUUAAUAAAAAAUUUGCAUUAAUUAUUAAUAUUGUAUAUUCACUUGACAGUUUUAUAACCCGGAUAUGCGGAUGUGGCCAGUAAUCAUAAAUUUCCCUUUAAGUUUGUUGUGUUUGUAUAUAUAUUACAAAAUGCAAAGCGGAAACAUUUUUUUUUAAUAAUAAUUUCGAAGAAUGUGCAUUUAAUCGUGGCAAAACACCAUUGGUAGUUUGGCACUAAUUUUUAUACAACUGUGAUAAUAAUAUUCUUUUAACUCUCAUCGUCAAGUGUCAAAACGCAAAAUCCAAACAAGUGUUAUGAAUAUAUUGUAUAGAAUUAACGUUUAAACCACGUUUAAACUUAUUAAUAAUAAAAAUUUAAGUUUAUUUCGUUAAAAAAAUGAGGGGCUUUAAAGAAUUUUUUAAAGUACUUUUAAUUCUGACAGUACAUUGUUUAAUUUCACACGGUGUUAAUACAACAACAAUUAAUGAUGGUAGUGUUUCUAAAAAUAACAAUUUUGAACAAUCGUCAAAAGUUGGAUGGAUUUUUCAUGAUGAAUCUUCGAUGAGAAGAAUUAGACGAAAUGUUGUACAACAAAAUAGCGUAAAUAAUAAUCAAGAGAAAAAUCAUAACCUAUUUGAUGAUCCUUUAUGCCGGGAUGAUCUCCGACGACUUUGUGGUAAUACUGAUUCACAUAAUGACGAUAUGCAACUAUGGGAGUGUCUACAAUCUUUAAAGCCCAACGAGAUUGCGACAAUCGAUUCAAAAUGCCAGCAUUCAAUAUUCAAACACAUGAUGAAUAUUUCCGACAAUGAUAAUAUUAAAAAACAAGCGAAACAAGUUUGUGGCGAUGAAUUGGAUAAUUUAAAUUGCCCUUCAAAUAUUCCCGGAUCAUUUCUAUCGUGUUUAAUAGAGAAAAGAGAUCAAAUAAGAGGAGUUCAUUGCUUGGAUUUUAUCCAACGAUGGGAAUGGUUGGCAUUUAGUGAUUUUCGAAUAAUCGCACCAUUUUUAUCGGAUUGUCAACACGAUAUUGAAGAAUUUAAAUGCGGACGAAUACAAUCGAGCAAGGAUAUUGCUCAGGGUGAAAUUCUCGCCUGUUUACAGCAGCACGCCGAUAAAUUAGAGAAUAUCUGUCGAAAGAGAAUAUUUCUAAUUUCCGAAAUUCAAUCGGGAAAUAUUAAUUUAGAUCGCCAACUUCAUAUUGCAUGUGUCCGCGAGCAAAUGCAAUUGUGUCCACAAGUGAGACCAGGAAGUGGACAAGUGAUAAAAUGUCUAAUGCAACAUAAAAUGCAUAGAACAAUGUCAAAAGGAUGUCAGGAGCAAUUGAUAAGACGCGAACAACUCAUGGUGCUGGAUUAUAAAGUGAGCAAAGGUUUGGUGAAGGCAUGUCGUGAGGAUAUUAAGCAAAACCAUUGUCGACGUUCAGUUUCAAAUGACAGGGAAAUAAAACUCGCACAAAUUUUACUUUGCUUGGAGUCGGCGGAAAAGAAUGGCAGUAAAAUUUCACAGGACUGUAAAGCAGAAAUAUUUGAUCAUCGAAAAAUGUUGAUGAACGAUUAUCGUUUGUCGCCGGAAAUUGUUGAUCGUUGCUCAACGGAUAUUUCGACAUUUUGCUCAGGUUUGGAAGUUGGCGGCAAAACGAUUCAUUGUCUAAUGGACAAUGCACGUUACAAGAAUAACAGAUUUAGAAUAUCGCCAGAAUGUCAGAGAGCGUUGGAAACACUCAUAAAGGAAGCUGAUAUUGGUGAGGACUGGAGAAUUGAUCCAGUCUUGAGGGAAGCAUGUCAGCCAGUUGUUAGUAUGGCUUGUGGAAACAAUAUCCAAGGAGGUAACGCCAGAGUGAUAUCGUGCCUGAUGGAAAAUUUGGGUACCGGUCGAAUGACAGAGCCUUGUGAAGCAGCUCUUAUUCAAAUUCAAUAUUUCGUCGCCAGAGAUUAUAAACUUGAUCCACAAUUGUAUCGAGCCUGCAAAUCAGACGCUAUUCACUUCUGUCAUGCAAAGAGUGCUUGGUCAAAUGAUGGAACUGAAAUGGACCCUGAGAGAGGUCCUCUCGUUUUACCUUGUUUACAUCGUUACGCUAAUCAUCCGCAAAAAAAUAUGACGCUAAAGAGAAAAUGUACUGAAGAAAUUAAAAGAGUGAUGCGACAAAGAGCGAUGAACGUCGAUUUAUUGCCAGAAAUCGAGGAUGUUUGUCUAAAUGAUCUCGCAGGAUUUUGCUACGACAAAACGGGAAGGGGAGAAGAAAUUUUGUGCCUUCAAGAUAAUUACGAGAACCUUAAGAGUGUAAAGUGUAAGGAUGCUGUUGGCAAUUUUACGGAAGAACAAGCGGAACAAGUUGAACUCAAUCCACUGAUUACAAAUGCUUGCUCUCGAAUUAUUGAACAUUAUUGCCAGGAUAUUUUCAAACGUGGCAAGGAUGAAGGUGACAUGAUGGAGUGUUUAAUAGAGCACAAAAAUGAUUUAGAAACAACGGAUUACAAAUGCAAAGCAGCAGUGGAACAUUUUCAAUUAAUUUCCCUCAAGAGCUAUCAUUUUACUUACAAGCUUAACGAAGCAUGCAGAUCUUACGUUUUAAGAUAUUGUCGAAAAGCGAGAACAAGCGCCGAUGUGAUUGAAUGUUUGAGUUCAAUUAUUCAAGAGGAUGUAAUGAAAGAAAAUCAACCACGUAUUAAAAAAAAUUGUCGUCAACAAUUGAAGGCACAAUUAUAUCAGCAAAGAGAAAAUAUUCAUUUUGAUCCAAUUUUACAAAAAGCCUGUGAGACUGAUAUUCAAAAUUUAUGCCACAACGUUGUACCUGGAAAUUCUCGAAUUCUGGAAUGUUUGGCAACACAAAAAUCCCAUCUAUCAAUGGAUUGUCGUAAACAGUUGUUUAAAGUACGAAAACAAGAGUUUGAAGACAGUUCCAUUGAUUAUGCUUUAUUGAAUAACUGUCAUUCAAUGGUGGCACAAUUUUGUCACAAAGUAGAACGAUCGCAAAUAUUGGAUUGUUUAAAGAAAUAUAAAGACGAUUCAACAUUUGAUGAAAAAUGCAAAAAUUUCGUUAUUCAAAGAAUGAUUGAACAGAAUACAGAUUAUCGAUUUAAUACAGCGUUGCAAAAUUCCUGCUCAUCGGAUAUAAAUAAGCAUUGCAAAGAGGUUUUGAAAAACGAGCCUAUGGAUAGAGAACUAGAGGGGAAAGUUAUUAGGUGUCUUAAAAUUAAAUUCAGAGAAUCAAAAUUGAGUACGAAAUGUGAGCAUCAAAUGACAAAUGUUCUACGAGAAGCUGCUCUGAACUAUCAUUUAAAUCCUUUAUUAGCCACACUAUGUGCCAACGAAAUCGAUACAAUUUGCGGGGCAGAAGAAAAUGAGCCUGGAUCAGUUGAGGAGUGUCUAAAGAAGGAAUUCAAUGCGGACAAUAAAUUAAUGAGAGAAGAAUGUAGAAUGCAAGUUGCCGAUCUUAUAGAGGAAGCGAGAGCGGAUAUUCACGUUGAUCCUCUUUUGCAAACGGCUUGCGCAGUGGAUGUUACGAAAUAUUGCAGUGACGUUCCACAGGGAGCAGGAAGGCAUAUAACUUGUCUACAAAAUGUUCUACAAGAUUCCAAAAAAUCUUUACAACCAGAUUGCUUUAAAAUGCUUACGAUGAGAAUGGAAAUGUUCAGAAGUGCUGCGAAGGCUAUAGCGCCGAAUUCAAUUGAAGAAUUAUACGAUUCAGUAAAUCGUUCACCGGCAAGAAGAUAUUUCAUAAUUGUCGCAUUAUCAAUGAUUGGUAUGAUAUUUGUCAGUGGUCUUUUUUGCGGAAGAUUAACGCGAAGAUCAAUGAUGAUGAUGAAAAAUAAGUGAUGAAAGAUUGCAAAGGCUCAUUAUGCCUUUCAUAAAGAAACUGUUGUAUAGAAUAUUACAGCUAAUUUGCUGUUUCAAAUUUAAUGAUGAAAAAAGAAUAACGAAUAGGAAAAUACGAAAUUAAAAAAAAAUUGGUUUAUAAAUAAUCUUACCAUCAAUAAGUAAAAAAAUGCGAAAAUCAUAUUUAAUAUAAAUAUCAAAAUUUGUUUACGCAUAAUUAAAAACAUUUGGAUGUUUCACAAAUUUCUUGGAAAAUGUUUCACAGUAAAAAUAGGUAAUUAAUAAAAAUUUUUAACUACUGUAAAUUCUAUAGAAACUUUUUUUUUCAAUUUUUGUUUUUUUUCUAAGAAUUAGUGAUAUUGAUAAAUAUAGAAUUAAAUGCGAGAUAAUGUUGAUUGUAUAAAAAAACGAUAGUGAAUUAUCAAAACGCGAACGGUAAGGAUAAAAAUUCUUUUUUUUUCUACCUUUUUUAUGUAUUAAUAAUGUGAAAUGUGAUGAUAUGUAAAAAUGUAUAUUGUCAAUAAUAUAGAAAAUAGAAGAAUUGUUUUUACACGAUAAUGAAUUAUGUACCAAAGUGUUCUGAAUAUUAUCAUUUCGACAUUUAUAUAAUAUGUGAAUAUUGGAAAAUUGAAGCGUUUUGAUUUAUAUUAUAUUAUAAGUAUAAUUUUACGAAAACUCUUUUUCUAAAAAUUGAUCUUUUUACGUGUAAUCUCAUUUUUAUCAAUUGUAUUCUUAAUUUUUAUUAAAUAUUGUAGUUUAAAUUUUAAAAUAAAAAAAAAGAGUUAUUAAAACUCUUUGGAGAAAGCAAGAA